AUACUUCGUCCUUGCUGUUGUUUUGUGAGUAAUAUUGUUAAGAUAAAAGCAGAGCACCAUGCUGUAGAUGAAGUUAGUUUGGCAAAUAACAUGCUUCCCAGGACUUUGCUGAAAUCCGGUUUGUUACUCCUUUGUCUUGCCCUUGUGCUUUGAGUUAUGAAGAACACAGUAAUCCCUGAGCCGCGUAGACCCUGCACCUUCUGUUCCUAGGUGACAGAGAUGCUGAGGCACUGCAUGUGACAUAUUUUCUUGGCCCUCCUCAGGCAUGGGUCCUGUGUCUGGCAUUCUCCCUCUAAGGCAUUCCCAGACUUUUAUUUAUCCUGUACAAUUUUAUUUUCUGUCUUUAGAUUUUUUGAGAAGGUGUAGUUCGGGCUGACCUUGAACUCACAGAGAUCCUCCUGCCUCAACUUCCCUGAGUGCAGGGAUUGCAGGCAUAGACCACCAUGCCUACCUCCUUUUGUUCCUUAUUUUCUAGGUAUGCCUUACAUUUUCUUGUACAGAGUGGGAUUUCCUACUGCAUCAUGAUCAUCAUAGGAGUGGGGAGCAUGCACAAAUACUGUUUCAUCUUUGCUCUGGGGUACCUCACAGUCUGCCAAAUCACCAGAGUCUACAUCUUCGAUUAUGGACAGUAUUCUGCAGAUUUUUCAGGCCCGAUGAUGAUCAUUACUCAGAAGAUCACGAGUUUGGCCUUUGAAAUCCACGAUGGGAUGUUCCGGAAGGAUGAAGACCUGACCCCAUCGCAGCGAGAUCUUGCCGUAAGGCGCAUGCCCAGCCUCCUGGAGUACGUGAGCUACACGUGCAACUUCAUGGGCAUCCUGGCCGGCCCUCUGUGCUCUUACAAGGACUACGUAGCAUUCAUCGAGGGCCGCUCAUAUCGCGGAGCACAGCCGGGACCCGGCGGGGAGGAGGCAGCACCAUGGGAGCAGCACACGGACCCGUCUCCAAAGGCAGCAGUGACGCAGAAGCUCCUGGUGUGCGUGCUGUCGCUGCUGGUGCACCUGACGGUCUGCAGUGUGCUGCCCGUGGGCUACAACAUCGAUGAGCAGUUCCGAGCCACGGCCUCCUGGCCCACCAGGGUGGCCUACCUCUACAUCUCCUUGCUGGCUGCCCGACCCAAAUACUACUUUGCCUGGACCUUAGCGGAUGCUAUUAAUAACGCUGCAGGCUUUGGCUUCAGAGGCUACGACAGGAACGGAGUGGCUCGCUGGGACCUGGUCUCCAACCUGAGGAUUCAGCAGAUAGAGAUGUCAACCAGUUUCAAGAUGUUCCUGGAUAACUGGAACAUCCAGACAGCGCUGUGGCUCAAAAGGGUGUGUUAUGAGCGCGCCUCCUUCAGCCCCACGGUGCAGACCUUCUUCCUGUCGGCCAUCUGGCACGGCGUAUACCCUGGCUACUACCUGACCUUCCUCACCGGCGUGCUCAUGACGGUUGCCGCCCGGGCUAUGAGGAGCAACUUCAGACAGUGCUUCCUGGAGCCCCCACAGCUGAAGCUCUGCUACGAUGUCCUCACGUGGUCGGUGACGCAGAUUGCAGUGAGCUACACCGUCGUGCCCUUCGUGCUGCUGUCUGUGAAGCCAUCCCUCACCUUCUACAGCUCCUGGUAUUACUGCCUUCACAUCUGUGCAAUCUUAGUUUUAUUGUUGUUGCCAGUGAAGAAAACUCGGAGAGGAGAGAUGGUGCAUGGAAACCAGCACCCGGCCCCUUCUGGAAAGCAAGAGGAGAGGAACAGCUCCUCGGGGUGGAACAGCACCCCUGUGAUGAACAGCGUGAGCAGUGUGAAGCCGGAGCAGGGGCAGGAGCAGGGGGGCUGCAGACAUCGGUGGUCCCCGCAGCCCUGACGCGUCUCUCGGUGGCACAGCUCAGUCCUCACUGUGCAGAUUGGUGGGAAUGGGACGCGUGGAGGGCAUGGCUGGCCCCAGGGACCCGCAGCCCUGCCACUGCCCUGGCCACGCCUUACUGGGGUGUCCUGGCCUCCGUGGGUGGGCGCAGGUGACCUUUCCCGCCCACUGGUGUCCCCUGCCGGCCCCGGCCCAGCGCCUGCCCUGUGCAUCCUGGCCGCCGAAGAAAUGGCAGCGUCCUUGCGGCCCUGCUGGCGAUGGAUUCACCUUCCCACAUGGAUGUCUUGCCUUAAACCCUCUCUUUGGGAAGCUGUUGCUGCUUGUGGUCUUCGAGGGGGAAGGGUAUGCAGAGCCGGCCUCAGGAUCCCAUGUCCAUGCUGUAGAGGGAUUAGGGAGAAUCUGAAACCGGGUAUUUAAGGUUGUGGAGAAUUUUUAAAAGCGCAAUAAACAUCUCAGUAUUUGAAGGAUUUUCUUAAAGUAUCUCCUAGCUAACACAGAGCGAGCUGGGCGUUGUGGCACAAGCCUGUCACCCCAACAUACUGGAGAGGAGACUGAAGCAGGAAGACCAUAGAAUCUGAGGCCAGCUGGGCCACAUAGUGAGCUCAAGGCCAGCCAGGACUACCUAAGGAGAACCUGUCUCAAAAAAACUACCAAAAAUAAGGAGAGUAAAAUUCACAGCGAAACUGUCUGCAGUUUGGGUUGCCAAAUUAUAGCUAGCUAGUUUCACUGGAAAGCUUAAUUACCUUGUGGUGGUCAGAGGGCCCCACCAGGAGGAAUUUUAAGCAUAAUUAAAGAUUUGGUAAUGUGGUAUUUUAAUCUUAUGUUCUUAAAAAAAAAGAGAGAGAAGGCUGGCCAACCUGCAGCCAAAGGCAGGAUGUUCCCUUUCUGCUUCAGGGAGCUACGUGAGGUGUAAUAACUUGCUUCUCAGUGGAGUUUAUCAAGCAUAAACUAUAUAAAAUUCAGACAGGUAUGUUAUAUACCUGUGAUCCCAGUGCUUGGGAAGCUGAGGCAGAAAGAUUACCAUGCCUAGGCUACAUCGUGACUUGAAGGCCACACACUAGACCACCUAGGGAGACAAUGGCUCAGAGAACACACAGGACAGGUAACACAACAUUCACAGAGGUGAGGAAGCGGUGGUGGCUGGCUGGAAGGUUUUAAAGCAAUCCCUGGUAACUAGGGUACCUCUUUGGCUAACCCCUUUUUUACUUGGGGUCACUUUGGUUCCCGGGUGGUGAUGACAGGGGAGCCGCAGGGGAAAUGACAGCUCAGUGGCCAGUCUGAGUGGCGCUCUGGAGAACUGUGCAGUGUGUGCGUCCAACCUGCUCACACGGGAGCCUCACCUCCAGCCCUGAGCCAGCGGAGUACAGAUAUGGGGGUUAUGGGCUCUCGCAGGGCACCAAGCCCGUGAGGGCUUAGAGUUAGGGGGGAUGAGGACGAGGGGCCAGCGCAGGGGCAUCUCUGGCUUUUGUCCUUUGACAAAGGCAUCUCUGUCCUUUGACUGAUCUUUUGUAGAUUUAUUUCCUUUUUGCCUUAAAAGUUUUAAUGAGAUGCAAGUCAUCAGUCUAAGAUGAGUCUGUGAUCACUAACAGACGUGUAAAUGAUGUGAAGGGCGAAAUGGUUUGGCUGAGGCUGCGCAGUGCUUCAGUUAAAGGAAGCAAAAUGAUAGUGGUUUUAGAAGUUUAGAAAUACUUUGCCUUGUUUCCUCUCCCUCUCUCCUGCCUUCCUCCUUCCCUGCCUCUCCUCUCCUCUCCUCUCUUCUCCUUCCCCACCCCUCCCUUCCCCUCUUUUGUAGUCCAGGCUGCCCUUGAACUCACUUUGUAGCCCAGGCUAGGCUGGAGCUCACAGUGAUCCAGCCUUCCUCAGCCUCCUGAGUGCUAGGAUUUACAAAACGGGAUUCAGCAAAUAUUUAUAUUAUUUGUUCACUCUUCAGACAGCUCAGAAACUCUCAGAGAUGAUCAAUGAUCAUUGUAUUUAUACUGGUUCAUUAUAUACUUCUCAAGGGAAAAUAAUUAUUCUUCCCUUGAUUUCGUUUCAGUGAAACAAUAAUUCAUUUAAUCUGAAAUGUCUCAGCUGCCACCGUUUUAGGAGUGGCUCAUUCUUUUUUGUAAAAUGCACAUUUUUGCUGGGUGUGGUGGUGCACACUUGGAAGCAGAGCACUUAGGAGGCUGAGGCAAGAGGCUUACUGAGAGCUUGAGGCCAGCCUGGGCUACAUAGCAAGACCCUGUCUCAAAAAAACAGAAUAUAAGCAUUUUUAUUGGUGCUAAGGGUGAUUGGGGAAGUUCAUUUUGUUUCUGAAAUACUGAGUGAUAAAGUGGAUUUACUGGAUUUGAAACAGUGUAGCUAGCACAUCUCUCAUCAGCCAGCACCAUCCACGUGGCUGAAACUUUGGUUCCCAGCAUAUAUGACACUCAUACACUUGAUUUUCACACACACUAUUGUGUGUGUGUGUGCAUGCGCUUGUGCUACAGAGGACUGAACCCAAGGCCUUCCCACUGAGCUAUGUACCUGCCCUUUUUAUAUUUUUGAGACAGGGUCACUUAUAUUGCCCAGGCUGAGUUCAAACUCGGGGCCCCUCUGCCUCAGCCUCCCAGUGUGCUCACAAACCACUUGGAGGAAACUGAGGGAAGGGCUGGUUGGGGAGCCCUGGCCUUCCCACUCUACCCCACAAGUCCCCUCCGCUAGAGAAAGGGUCCACAGGAGUCCAGGGUGGAUUCACUAAGAACUGCCACACCACCCCCACGUCAGUUAGCACUGGGAGGGUUGUCAUGGCAACAGGAAAUCCUUUUAAUCCAUUCAGUCAGAAGGUGACACCUUUGUGCCAUUUCUCCUGUCUAGCCCUUCAAACGAGUCUUUCAUAGAGAAACAGGCUCUCCUGGGGGGAGGGGCGGGAGUCUUUCUGCCUUCUCUGCCACUCUAGAUUUUUUGCUAGGUGACAUGACUGGGUUGUCUUCUACUGAAGGUACACUUCCUAGCCUGGAGGUGUGGAGGUGCAUACCCAUCAUCCAGCACUCCAGAGGCUGAGGUGGGGAGGUCACCCCAAGUUCAAAGCCAGCCUGGGGUACAUAGUGCAGCCCUGUCUCAAAACAAUCACGUUUCUGACUGGGUUUACUGCUACGAAACUUCUCAAAAUAUAUGGUGUUCCAAGAAUUUGGUUAACCUUUAUUUUAAACUACAGAAGACAAUUUCUUUAAAAUUUUGUCAUUAUAACAGUUGCACAGGCUAGGACAAAAAAAACUUAUUUAAAAUUUAUAGCUCGUAAAUAGUAUAUUUACAGACAAACUUGGACAUUUACAUUUACUUCUGUUCUUCAUAAUUCUUAGUUGUUUUUAAAAAUUUCUUCUCUCUCCUUUUCUUUCUUUUGAGACAGGAUCAAAAUUGCACGGAUCCUCCUGCCUCAGCCUCCUGAGGUGCUGGAUCACAAAUGUGAGCUAUCACACCCAGCUAAGUGUUCUAAUUGCCAUUGAAAGAAAAGUUACUUGAGAAUUCUCGUGUCUACACAGGUGCCUGCCUACUGUGUCUGCUAAGAACUUGUUUAAACUUUUAGGUAUAAACCAGUAUUAGUGGGGGUAAUUCAAGCAUUUAGAUUCCAUCCUGGGUGAAAUCUAAUGAAGGCAUAGAAUUGUAAGUAACACUGUCCAUGCGCUCCCCACAACCCCGGAGGCACUCACACAGAUACUGCUCUUGUCCUGGAAGCUCCGUGAGUAGCUGGUCGUGCGUCUGGGUCUCUCUGACACUGAAUGUCUGCCUCCUGCUGUACUCAUACCAUGGGUUUACAUCCAUCCUGGCUCUCAACAAUGCAGGGAGAGACUGCAUUUUCUUUUGUCUGGUUUUUUGGGAUGGAGUCUUGCUAUGUUCAGGCUCUCCUUGAACUUACUAUGUAGUCCAGGUUGGCCUUGACCUUCUGGCGAUCCUCCUGCUUCAGCCUCUCAAGUGCUAGAAUUACAGGUAUGCAUCACCAUACCUGGCCUUGAGACUGCAUUUUAAAAAAUGAAAUUCACUCUGAAAUUUGAAUUGAAAGUUUCAGAAUGUAGGGGUCUUCAGUGUUUUCCUGCCACACCUUGCCGUCAAGUCUGUGUAUUGCAACUCUCCUUAUGGAAGAAAAUGGGAAAUGAAAAUUUUCACAGUGCUGUUUUGUAGGAAUGCUCUGUCAGCCAGUUAGCUGCCUCUUCCGGCUCCUGUUGUACAAAGGAUGCAGCCAGUGACAUUUAAAUUGGCAGGCUGCUUAAUGUUUUCUAUGUUUUAAAGUAAUAUUUAUUUUAAUAGAUUUUUAAUACCAUGCCUACCCCAAUAAAGAACUGACAAGCUCUGUAGAUCAUUGAUUGGAAAAGCUUCAUGAAACAGAUCCUAGAGGUACAUUUUCAUGCCAACUAAUUUAUCUCACCUUUGACGACUGAUCCUGGCUCUUGAAUACAACUUUUUUUUUUUUUUAAUUUUUUUUUUUUUCUUUUUUCCGGUACCGGGGAUUGAACUCACGACCACCUGCUUGCAAGGCAGGUGCUUAUGCCGCUGAGCUAAAUUCCCAGCCCCUUUAGUACAACUUUUAUAAAGCAAAGAAAAAAGGCCCACGACUACAUGUUAUGUAAAAUAGUAACAGAAAGACCCAUGCAACACCUAUCCAGAGGCAUCCAAAGCUUACCCAGUAACCGUCAGCUGUCUUCACAGCCAGGUUUUAAUCAAAUUUUGUAGAUAUAAAUAGAAAAUGGAAAUAUGACAAGAAACCACAAUUACCCAGUGAUCUCCCAGUAGCACUCUUGGGAUGGAGGAAGUGACCAGCUGCUGGUUACUGGACUUUUCCAUGACUAUCCAGCUUGAUCUCUGCUUGGGGUUCACUCCUUUGAGAAACUGGUUUGUCCAUAUUCCUGUCUGUCCUUGUGAAAGACAGACACACAGUCCGACGGGCUUUCUGGUUCUGCCUUUUGCCAUCCAUAGUAUUUGGAUUUCUGGCCGCGCUGUGUGGUCAGUGGAAGAUCAGUUGGGUUGUGAGGCCAGAGGACUGAAGCAUGGAACACAGAUUUCUCCCCAGCCAGUCGGUCACUUGUCACCUGCUGGGGCCACGACACAAGGACAAGUGGAGGUCACGAUGAUCCUGGGGAAGUGAGGGCUGUGGCCCCAUCCCUGCUGCCCCCCCCCCCCGCCAGCCACAUCCAUGGCUCUCAGUCAUCCCCAGCAGUCACUGCCAGCAUCCCAACCCCAGGCCUCCAAGGGCAGUGUUUAUACUUCCUCCUGGGUGUGGGGGGAUAGGGGCCUCAUGUGGGCUGUGCUUUCUGUUUUUAGCACUCUAAAAUAUUUUUCUAAAGAAGUGUUAUUUUUCAACAGACCUAUAAACCAGGUCUUGUGAGGCCAACGGGAGCUGCCUCUGUCCCCCCUGCCCCAUGAUGGGACAAACCCAUGGCCACCCCCUGAGCUGGACCAGUGGAUGAGUGCUGGGUGUGACAGCUGUUUUUUAACAUAUGUGUUCUUCCUUUUUCUAAUUUGUGUCAUUAAAGCCGAUUAGUUUCAAAGCA